UCAGAAGUAGUUUUCCAAAACUGAAUCAAACCAUUAGGAAGUAAAGAAGAAACUAUAUCAAGGUGGAAUGGAGAAAUAUAAUGUUGCAAUCUUGUUGCUUUGGGUGUUCAUUGCAUUGUGUAUCAUACUUGAAUUGAAAGUUGAAGCAAAAGUAUCAUCACAUUUUGAUAGAGAAAUCGAAGCCAAACUAAAGCUCCUUAAUAAGCCUGCAGUGAAAUCCAUUAAGAGUGAAGAUGGAGAUAUUAUUGACUGCGUCAACAUUUAUAACCAACCAACUUUUGAUAAUCCAGAUUUAAAAAAUCACACUAUUCAGAGGAUACCCGAUUUUCUUCUUGAUCAAUCCCACAUUUCAAGCACAGAAUAUGCUUCCAACGCAAGCACUGAAGUGUUUCAAACAUGGCAAAAAAGUGGAAGUUGUCCGGAAGGAACUAUUCCUAUUAGGAGAAUUCAAAAGGAGGACUUGUUAAGGGUUGCUUCAGUUGACCACUUUGGACAAAAACCCUUUGAGCCAUUUGUGAAUUCAGCAAACACCACAAACCUUAAUUUCUCUAGCCUUAGUGCCACCACUAAUCUAGUUAGCCUCAAAAAUCGCUCGGAUGCAAAUCUUUUGACAUUAGGAUACAAUUUUAUCGGUGCAAUGGCAAAUAUUAAUAUAUGGAAUCCAAAGGUUGAACGACCAGAAGAUUUCACUACUGCUCAAAUGUGGCUUAAGGCUGGCAAUGGUGCUGAUUUUGAAAGCAUUGAAGCAGGAUGGACGGUUAAUCCAAAGUUGUAUGGUGACCACAAUUCUCGACUGUUCGUAUAUUGGACCAGAGAUUCAUACAAGUCAUCAGGAUGUUUUGAUCUUACUUGUCAUGGUUUUGUGCAAAUAAGUUCAGAAAUGGCGCUCGGUGCUUCUUUAGGACCUUAUUCAUCCAGCUUUAACCAACAAUACGAAAUUAAUGUUGGAAUCUUUAAGGAUAAUGGUGGAAACUGGUGGCUAAGAGUGAAGAAUAGAAUAAUUAUAGGUUAUUGGCCAGCUGAGUUGUUGGGUAAUUUAAAACACAGUUCAACAUUAAUUCAAUGGGGUGGACAAGUGUUUAGUUAUGCAGUGAAAAAAACUCCUCACACUGGAACACAAAUGGGUAGUGGAGAAGAAGCAAGUGGUGGCUUUGGGUUUGCAAGCUACAUGAGUAAUUUGAGAAUUAAGGAUUAUUCACAAUCUCUCAAGUAUCCAGAACUAGUACAUGCAUUUGCUGCGGAACCAUAUUGUUAUAGUGCUCUCAAUAUUGAUGUUCAUUAUAAAGAACCUAUAUUCUAUUUUGGUGGACCCGGACGAUAUAUUCCUCAUUGUCCUUGAUUAAUCCUUGCAUCUUCAAAUAUACACAUUUGGAUGCUACAAUGUGUUUCAUGAAAAAUAAAGUAUAUGCAUUUAUAUUUCCUUUUGGACUUGCAA